CCUCCUGCCCCGGGCAUCGGAGCGGAGGCGGCGGUUGUCCCUGAAGGAACCAUGAAUUGGCAUUUUCCAUUCCUCUUCUGCACCACAGUUACUCUAACAUCAGUGUGCUCCCAGUUUAAUCCUUUAUCCCUCGAGGAACUCGGCUCCGAUAUUGGAAUCCAAGUUUUCAAUCAGAUAGUUAAAUCCCAACCUCGGGAGAAUAUUGUUGUUUCUCCCCAUGGGAUCGCCUCAGUCCUGGGAAUGCUCCAGCUGGGGGCCGACGGCAAGACGAAGCAGCAGCUGACGACGGUCAUGAGAUAUGGGGUCAACGGCGUGGGUAAAGUGUUAAAGAAGAUCAACAAGGCCAUCGUUUCCAAGAAGAAUAAAGACAUUGUGACAAUCGCUAAUGCCGUGUUUACUCAGAACGGCUUUAAAAUGGAAGCACCUUUUGUUACCAGAAACAAAGAAGUAUUUCAGUGUGAAGUCCGGAACGUGAACUUUGAAGAUGCAACUUCGGCCAGCGAUUCCAUUAACCUUUGGGUUAAAAAUGAAACUCGGGGUAUGAUCGACCAUCUCAUAUCCCCAGAACUCAUCGAUCCUGCGUUAACUAAACUGGCGUUUGUUAACGCGGUGUAUUUCAAGGGUCUGUGGAAGUCACGGUUUCAACCAGAAAACACAAAGAAGCGCCCAUUUGUGGCUGCUGACGGAAAAUCUUACCAAGUGCCCAUGCUGGCUCAGCUGUCUGUAUUCCGAUGUGGCUCAACGAGUACUCCUAAUGAUUUAUGGUACAAUGUCAUUGAGCUGCCGUACCACGGAGACAGUAUCAGCAUGUUGAUUGCUCUGCCCACUGAGAGCACGACUCCACUCUCUGCCAUCAUCCCUCACAUCAGCACCAAAACCAUCCAGAGCUGGAUGACUACUAUGGUGCCCAAGAGAGUCCAGGUGAUUCUGCCAAAGUUCACAGCCGAAGCAGAAACAGACUUGGAGGAGCCAUUGAAAGCUCUUGGCAUUACUGAGAUGUUUGAUCAAGCAAAAGCAAAUUUUGCAAAAAUAACAAGAUCAGAAAACCUUCACGUCUCUCACAUUUUACAAAAAGCGAAAAUUGAAGUCAGCGAAGACGGGACCAAAGCUUCUGCAGGAACAACUGCGAUUUUGAUAGCCAGGUCGUCACCUCCUUGGUUUAUAGUCGACCGAUCGUUUAUGUUUCUCAUCCACCACAAUCCCACGGGUGCGGUGUUGUUUAUGGGACAAAUAAACAGACCUUGAAGCCUACGAAAAAGCACGGACAAAAGUUUUCCUUUAAGAAGCAAAGACUCCUUUGCUGCAUCUUUACUAGACCUUUAAAUAUUUUUGUACAUUACUCUGUUCCAAACUUAGAUUUUAGGCAUCUGACUGGGGUUUAGAUGGAAUGUCGAUGAUGGAGGCGUUUCGGUUUUGGGGGGAGAAGAGGGUGGGGCGCGCUUGAAGUACUAAAGAAGAAACAGAACGGCUCAAGACUUUUCAAAACCCCUAAAAGAUUCUUAAAACUACUGAACGGUUACCAAGCUAACAAACCUCUUGAGGGUUGACUGUCAGUUCCGGGAUUAUUAUUUUUUAUGUGUGGCUUUGGAGAAGGAAUCUAACCAACGUGUGACUAAAAGAACAUUUUAUAGUAACAUUGACUUUUUUUUCUGUGGAAAAAAAAACUGCUCUUUUGAAGCUUUUUCAAUUCUUCUUUAUCACCUUUCAGAGCUCGACAGUGAUCGUUUUGGGGGUAGAAAUAGCUAAAGGCUCUGUCUUUUAGUUUCCGGGUUUGUUUUAUGUAAUGCAUGUAUUCACGGAAAUAAAAUCUAAAGAACUAAUGUCUUGCUGGAUAAUGUUUGCUGUCUUAUUGUAAGGUGUACGUGUCAUUGCUGGAAUGUACUCUUGGAUUUUCAUUUUUGUAUUUUGUACAAAGGAAAAAAUAAAAUAUGAACAGUAAAAAAUGCUACUGCAACA